UUUUCAGUGGAAGAAGCUGAGUGAGAGGCGGCCAAGAGCGAGAGGUAAAAAAGCAAACGCUACCUUUAUUCAACCAAAUCAAAGUUAAGACAUUUCUUUAGUGAUCGACGAGCUUUCAACUUUCCCACAACUUGGAGAAAGAGAGACAGGGAAGGCUGAUUGAACUCCCAAAUGGGUCAAGCUUUUCGUAAGCUCUUCGAUACCUUCUUCGGCAAUACCGAGAUGCGGGUUGUGAUGCUCGGCCUGGAUGCUGCUGGCAAAACAACUAUACUGUACAAGCUGCACAUUGGAGAGGUUUUAUCAACUGUUCCUACAAUUGGUUUUAACGUGGAGAAAGUUCAGUAUAAGAAUGUGAUAUUCACAGUUUGGGACGUUGGUGGGCAAGAGAAGUUGAGGCCACUCUGGAGGCAUUACUUUAACAAUACGGAUGGGCUGAUCUAUGUCGUUGAUUCCUUGGACCGAGAGAGAAUUGGAAAAGCAAAGGCAGAAUUUCAGGCCAUCAUCAAGGAUCCAUUUAUGCUCAACAGUGUUAUAUUGGUGUUUGCCAAUAAACAAGACAUGAAAGGAGCUAUGACACCAAUGGAAGUAUGUGAAGGACUAGGUCUCUUUGAUCUGAAGAACAGAAAAUGGCACAUACAAGGGGCUUGUGCACUGAGAGGAGAGGGGCUUUACGAGGGCUUGGACUGGUUAGCUGGGACUCUGAAGGAAAUGAAAGCUGCAGGAUACUCUUCAGUCGGCGCAUCCUCUUUCUAAAGGUCCAAGUUAAUCUCUCAACCUACUUGAAAAAGAGGCGAGGCAUCAAUCCCAUUGUACUCACUUCCACUUUUUAUAGCAGGGUUUUAUGUGACCUUGGUUCUGUCGACAAAGCUGAAGAGAAUGCCUGACAGACAUUGGAAAAUCCUGACUUGUAUGAAAUAUUCUUGGGCUGUUCUAAUGCGAAUGUUGUAAUAGGUUCUUACUCACUUAUAUAAAAAAAAAAAAAGGUAAUAGGUUGUUACUUCUGGCCGUGACACUUAAAAACAUGUGGUUUUCCUGCGAUGUAAAUUGCUUGUAGGACUUGCCAUUGAUAAAUAUAACUCAAGUCUGGGAUCUCUGUGUGCUAA